AUAAUAUUUUGUUUUUAUAUUUAUCAUCUCACUCAACCAGUCAACAGCAUCAGUCAUCAGUCAAACUUUAAUUAUUUAGUGUUGUAAAAUAACAAAUUAAUCAUUGGAGUGUUUUUUUCAAAUUGAAACAAAAUUAAAGAUGGCAAAAACAGGCGUACUUCCGUUUGUGAGAGGAAUUGAUUUUACGCAAAAUGAUUUUAACAAGUCGAAAAAGUUUCCCAUCUCUGUCAAAGAUAUGCACAGUUUGCGAUGGUUAAAAUUGGACAGGACACAUCUUCAGGAAAUCCCUAAUGAACUUGGAAAUCUUCAUAAAUUGGAACACGUUUCACUACGAAGAAAUGAGCUUGAAAACAUAUUUGGUGAAUUGACCACACUUCCGAGCCUCCGAACGAUAAACCUCCGUCACAAUAAGCUUAAGAGUUCUGGCGUACCCCCAGAAAUAUUUGAGUUGGAAGACUUGACGACACUGGAUCUCAGUUACAAUAAUAUGAAGGAAUUACCGCAAGGAAUGGACAAAGCAAAGUCACUCUUAGUUUUGAAUUUGAGCAAUAAUAGCAUCGACACAAUUCAAGGAAAUGUACUUAUGAAUCUGACAGAUUUACUCCAUCUUGAUUUGAGCAAUAACAAGCUGGAAACUUUACCCCCACAAACGAGACGAUUAAUUCAUUUGCAAACUAUGAAUUUAAAUGACAAUCCAUUAGCUCUCUUUCAAUUUAGGCAACUCCCCUCUUUGGUAUCCUUGCAAACCCUCUAUCUCCGAAAUACGCAACGUUGUCUGACCAAUAUCCCCACAAAUCUGGAAGGUCUCAUGUGUUUGACUGAUAUCGAUUUAAGUAAAAAUGCACUUGUAAAAAUACCCGACGGCCUGUUUACUGUACCUACUUUGAAAAGGUUAAAUAUGAGCGAAAAUUUACUCAAAGAGGUGCCAAUGUCAAUCGACAUUUGGCAAAAACUGGAAGUAUUAAACUUUAGUCGUAAUGAGUUGGUUUCAUUGCCAUCAUCACUUUGCAAACUAAACAAUUUGCGGAGAUUGAAUGUGAACGGGAACAAAUUAGAUUUUGAAGGGAUUCCAUCUGGGAUUGGAAAAUUAGGAUACUUGCAAAUUUUCUCCGCUGCCAAUAAUCAAUUAGAAAUGAUUCCAGAGGGAUUGUGUCGGUGCGGAUCCUUAAAGAAAUUAAUCCUGAGUGGAAAUCGACUAAUUACAUUGCCUGACGCUAUUCAUUUAUUGACCGAUUUGGAAGUCCUGGACCUAAAAGAUAAUCCAGAUUUAGUCAUCCCUCCAAAGUUAAAACCAGAAACGAUGGUGUCUGGAAGGGAUGUUCGGUUUUAUAAUAUUGAUUUCUCCCUACAAAAUCAACUGAGAUUGGCUGGGGCCAUUAUGCCUCCUGCUCCACCUCCAGUCCCCGUGAAGGAUCCUAUCGCUCGAAAAUUACGUCUUCGUCGCCGGCAUGGUGAACAAGCCGAGGCGGACACGGCACAAGCCAAAAUAUUAAAAGGGAUGAAAGACAUUGCCAAAGACAAGGACAAUAAAAACUAUAAUGAUCUGAAACAAAGUGAGCCAUUGAAGCCAAAACGUUGGGAUGAAGCCUUAGAAAAACCCCCACUGGAUUAUUCUGAAUUCUUUGAUGAAGACAUCGGUCAAAUCCCUGGGAUUGUUAUUUGGGAAAUUGAAAAUUUUCUACCUAAUCAAGUGGACGAAACUGUACAUGGAAAUUUUUACGAAGGAGAUUGCUACAUUAUCCUACAAACAUUUUUAGAUCCCAAUAAUUCUUUGGAUUAUAAAAUAUACUUUUGGAUCGGUUCAAAGGCCACCUUAGACAAACGAGCCUGUGCAGCGAUCCAUGCAGUAAAUCUCCGAAAUUACCUUGGUGCUCAAUGUCGUACCGUCCGUGAAGAGCAAAGUGACGAAUCUGAGGAAUUUUUAGCACUUUUUGAACAAAAUUUAACUUAUAUUGAAGGAGGAAGAACAGCAAGUGGAUUUUUCACCGUCGAUGAGGCAGAAUAUAUGACGCGACUUUAUCGAAUUCAUGGAAAAGGAUCUUCUAUACAUUUAGAGCCAGUUUUUGUAGAAUAUGCAUCUCUAGAUCCUAGAUUUGUAUUUCUAUUGGAUGACGGACUUAAGAUUUUUGUUUGGAUUGGAAGUAAAUCCAAGUCUACGCUUAGGCCAAAGGCGAGACUAAUGGCAGAGAAAGUGAACAAGGAUGAGCGUAAAAAUCUUGGGGAAAUAUUUGUCUUCAAUGAAGGACAAGAAACACCCGAUUUCUGGCGUAGCUUAAAUAUUGAAAGUGGAAUUCAACCAGAGGAGCCAAUCCAGGAACACGUCCCUGAUGAUUUUGUCGCAAUAGUUGGUCGCCUGUAUCAAGUUUACCUGGGGAUGGGAUAUUUGGAACUUCCUCAAGUUGAAGUCCCCCACAACAAGCUCCUCCCCAACUUACUCAAUACAAAAAAUGUUUACAUCCUCGACUGUCUGUCGGACGUUUUUGUCUGGAUUGGGAAAAAAUCUACCCGACUCGUUCGUGCCGCAUCUUUAAAAUUGUCACAAGAAUUAUUUCAAAUGAUUCAACGACCAGAAGGGUACUCUCUGGUGACCAGGGUGCAAGAAGGGUCGGAAAAUCAAGUGUUCAAAUCGAAAUUUUCGAGUUGGGACGACGUAAUAGCCGUAGAUUUCACCCGCACAGCGGAAUCCGUUGCACGAACAGGAGCAGACUUAACAAAAUGGGCAGAAAAACAAGAAACUAAAGCAGAUUUGUCUGCAUUAUUUGCACCACGUCAGCCCUCAGUCAGUGAAGUUGAAGCCCAACAACUAAUAGAAGAGUGGAAUGAAGACUUAGAAGCAAUGGAAGCGUUUGUCUUGGAAGGAAAGAAAUUCGUCCGUCUACCAGAAAAUGAAUUGGGAUUAUUCUAUUCAUCAGAUUGCUACGUAUUUCUGUGCCGCUAUUGGAUCCCUGUCCCGACGGAUGGGAGUGACGGGAAGGAUGACAAUGAUGAGAAUGACGCUAUUGAGGAAGACUUCUCUUGUGUGGUUUACUUUUGGCAGGGAAGAGAUGCCGGAAAUAUGGGAUGGCUUACGUUCACUUUUAGUCUGCAGAAAAAGUUUGAAAGUUUAUUUGGGAACAAGUUGGAAGUUGUGAGGACACAUCAGCAACAAGAGAGCUUUAAAUUUUUGUCACAUUUUAAACAAAAAAUGUUUAUCCGAUCCGGAAAGCGGAAUAAUGUUGGUGGAGAGAAAAAAGAAGUGGAAUUUUUCCAAUUAAGAUCAAAUGGAUUUUCGAGUUUAUGCACGAGAUGUAUUCAAAUUCCUGUGGAUGCAGGAUUGCUUAAUUCUGCUUUUUGCUACAUCUUAAAAGUAGCAUUUGACAAAGAAGACGAAUCAGGAUUGGUGUAUGUCUGGAUUGGAGAUAAAUCUCAAGAUAAUGAAGCUCAUUUAGCAGAAGAAAUAGCUACCACGUACUUUAAACCGGAAAAGUAUAGCCAUCUAAUUCUAAAUGAAGGCCAAGAACCUGAUAAUUUCUUUUGGGUUGGACUCGGUGGUAGAAAAGAAUAUGAAAAAGACGCAGAUUUCAUGAACUACACUCGACUAUUUCGUUGUUCAAAUGAAAAGGGUUACUUUGUCAUAUCAGAAAAAUGUUCAGAUUUUUGUCAAGAUGAUUUAGCCGAUGACGACAUUAUGAUACUGGACAAUGGAGAACAAAUAUUUUUGUGGUUGGGAUCAAGAUCUUCAGAAGUGGAGGUUAAACUUGCCUAUAAAAGUGCACAAGUCUAUAUUCAACAUUUACGGGCUAAACAGCCUGAAAAACAACGAAAAUUAUUUGCUUCCAUUAAAGGAAGAGAAAGUAAAAAGUUUACGAAAUGUUUUCACUCUUGGGGAAGGCAUAGGUUGCCCCCAGAUUAGGUUAUAUACUGCAGUUUAUUUAUGACCAGUGCCAUAUUUUUGUUUUGUUUUGUUGUGUGUGAUUGUGUGCGUGUUUUAAAUAAAUUAAUAAUUUACAUACUGAUA